AUGCAAAAUUUAUCUAAUGAAACAAAUCUCGAUAUCCUAAAAUGUCUUGAUUUUGACAAAUUAUGUAUUGUUAGACAAACAAAUUGUCAUUUAAAUGCUUUAGUUGAAGACUACAAAAAAGAAUUGGCACGUAAUACUUUGUCUCCAAUUCCUUUAGUUAAUUAUAUGGCUAAUUUUAUGGGAAUACCUUUACAGCGACUUGAUGAUUCCAAAAUAAUAAUUACUGAUAAACAAUAUGAGGAUUUUUCUAAAGGAAUUAAUGGAGCUAUAAUUAAAAUUACUCAUUUUGGACCAAGAGGAAAAGAAUAUUGUGUUAUUGAAGUUCCACAUUUAUCGGCUCAGAAAUUAACAUUUCCAUAUCAAGCUUAUCACAGCACUCAGACAUCGCAACGCUCAGUCGCUCAACAUUUUAUUAAGCAAUAUAAGAAGCAUUUAAGAUUUCCCAAUCUUCCUUGUGUUCGCGUCCAGCAUAAAUUACAACAUAUGUAUUUUCCUGUUGAAGUUUGUGAUAUUGUUCCAGGACAGAGUGGUUGA